AUGUACAAAAAUGCAUGCACAGCACAAUCUACUAUAAUAACAGAUUAACCCUCGAGAUAAAGGAGGGGACAAACCACGUGGGACAAACCACGUGGCGCGCGGCGUUACCCACAGGGUGGAAGCGAGAGGAUAACAUGGGAGAGAGACAGACGCUAGAGGGCCACACAGGUUCUAAAAAGUGUGUGAUAGAGUAGAGAGGAGGUGAAUCCACGGGUCCACAGAUCCACGGAGUCGCUCGAGAGGCGAGAGACGGGCCUGUCAAUUUGACAGGUUGGCCACACUCGUCUAUUAUAAUAACAGAUGAUGAGAGGCUAACUUGGGGGG